AUGCCGCUAGAACAUUCACCAGUAAGAAAUAUGCUAGAAAAUCAAAACCAAGUGGACCAACUGCAAGAAGGUCAGAAUGUUCCACUUCUGAGUCGAAGCCGAAACAGUAAUACUCCAACCGGACAACAUUCAAGGUCCAAUUCGUCCGCUUCAUUUCACGGAUUCAAUUGGGAGGAGGGAAUGGAUCUGGAGUCGAUGCGAAAAUUGAAUGGCUUGUUCCGGCAGAGAGGACAGAUCGAACAGAAGCUAGUGAGGAUUCAGUUGACUUUGCAGACGCAGAGUAGUAUGACGUUAGCCCAGUUGCAGUGCGCGGAGAAGAAACUAGUUGUAAUCUACAGCGAGUUUAGCCACUUCCAUAGUGAAAUCAUGGCCUUGAUUCCUGAUGAAGCAUCGGAUGAGCAAGAUGAAAUUUACUGCACUUUUGAGGAUCGUCAUACCGAGUUGUCGAAUCACAUCCAGGAAAGAAUCAACGCUGCUACUCAAAUGCAAACCGUGAGUUCAUCUGUUUCCCCACAGGUUAUUAUUCAGCAGCAGCCGUUGAAAGCACCUAUUCCUACAUUUGACGGUAAUUAUGCUAAUUGGCCAAAAUUCAAGGCGAUUUUCCAAGACCUGAUGGCACAGUCCGGGGACUCAGAGGCAUUAAAACUGUACCACCUAGACAAAGCAUUGAUUGGAUCCGCAGCAGGUAUAUUAGAUGCAAAAAUAAUCAACGAGGGUAAUUAUAAGCAAGCGUGGAAGGUGCUAACAGACCGUUACGAAAACAUACGUGUAAUCGUUGAGUCACACAUUCAAGGAUUGCUUACCCUACGAAAAAUGUCUAAAGCAACAUUCAAAGAAUUGGAUGGCCUGCUAACUGAAGCAACCGGUCAUGUUGAAGGCCUACGGUACCAAAAACAACAGUUGACGGGUAUCUCCGAGCACAUCGUGGUGCAUCUUAUCGUCAGUGCCUUGGAUGAUUCGACCCGCAUGGCUUGGGAACGUACCCAGCAUAGAGGUGUGCUCCCGAAAUACGAGCAAACAAUCUCCUUUCUCAGAACCAGUUGUCAAGUGCUGGAGCAGUGUGAAUCGUCGCAAGCUUUCUCCCAACGAACCGCCGUAAAAUCAAAGUUUUCACCAGUCAACAACAAAAUGCCAUCGCUCAAGACUAACGCAGUUACUUCAAGUUCCAGCAAGUCUUCAGGUUCCUGCCACUUUUGUGGAGGUUCACAUCUUAACUUCCAAUGUGAGGAAUUCAAGCAGCUGACAGCAACUCAAAGGGCAGAAAAGGUUCGAGCAAAAGGUUUGUGCUUCAACUGCCUCCGGAAGGGACAUCAGUCCAAACAGUGCACGUCUAACAACACGUGUCGAAAAUGCAGCCGCAAACAUCACACCAUUCUCCACGAUGAUGCUGAAAGGAACAGCAGUCAGGAUUCAAAGGCCGACAUUGCCGCGCCAAAGCAACCUGUCGCGAAUAAUCAACCAACUGUUGUUCAACCUUCUGUUUCGGUGGUGGAUAAACCAGUAUCCACUACAUGCUCAAGCAAUCACGUUUCAACAUCAAAGACCGUCUUGCUGUUGACUGCUGUCGUUCAAGCCAUUGAUGAACAUAACCAGUCCCACCCUUGUCGAGUCCUACUUGACAGUGGGUCUCAAGUUAACUUCGUCACCGAGAAAAUGGCAACCCGCCUCGGUUGUUCUAGAAUGCCAGCAAAUGUAUCAAUCACUGGAAUCAAUGCCCUGAGAAGUCUAGCUCGUGAUAAGGUGUUCGUUAAAUUCCAAUCGAGCUACGGAGACUUUCAAGCCAACAUCGAGUGUCUGGUUACAACCAAGGUAACUGGAACUAUUCCUAACCGAACGAUUGAUUUCAGCUCCUGGGAACUUCCUGAAGGCAUUCAACUCGCCGAUCCACAUUUCUUCCAGCCAGAAAAGGUUGACAUGUUAAUCGGGGGAGAAUUGUUCUUUGAUCUUCUCAAGCCCGAUCAAAUAAGUCUUGGUGACAAUUUACCACAACUUCGAGAAACUCAUCUUGGAUGGGUGGUAGCUGGAGUAAUAAACGAGCCGUACAUUUCGAAUGCGGCUAUUCAACACGUCAACCAUGCUUCGAUCGAUUCCAUCGAGGAAAUGAUGCAUCAAUUUUGGAAGGUGGAGGAAGUACCAAACGCAUCUCCAUUUUCAUCCGAACAGCUGUCCUGUGAAGCCCAUUUCCUGUCGACAUACAAGCGCGAUGCAACGGGUAGGUUUGUUGUAAAACUACCGUUUAAAGAAAACCUCAACCGGUUGGAUAAUUGCCGUUCUUUGGCACUCAAGCGAUUCCUUAUGUUAGAAAAACGAUUGGAGCGUAAUCCCGAGCUGAGGCAGCAAUACAACGAUUUCAUAAGGGAGUAUGAAGACCUCGGCCAUUGCAGAGAAGUUAAGGAAGCUGAGGAUCCAGGUAAUAUGGAUACGUACUAUCUGCCGCAUCAUGCAGUAUUACGACCGUCAAGCUCAACCACGAAGUGCCGCGUCGUAUUCGAUGCUAGUGCCAAAAUGGACCCAUCAAAACUAUCGCUCAAUGAGGUUCUUCAAGUAGGACCAGUUGUACAGAAUGGCAUAUUCUCUAUUACGCUGCGAUUCCGUAAGUACGCUUAUGCAUUUUCAAGCGAUAUAGAAAAAAUGUACCGGCAAGUGUUCGUUGCGCCGGAAGAACGCCGAUUCCUCCGAUGCUUUUGGAGGUCCGACCCGUCACAUCCAUUAAGGGUUCUCGAGCUCAAUACCGUUACUUACGGAACAGCUUGUGCGCCAUACCAAGCAACAAGGUGUUUGGUACAACUUGCCAAGGAAGAAGGUUCCGAGUUUCCCAUCGGCUCUCGAAUCUUGACUGAGGACUUUUACGUUGACGAUGCGCUUUCUGGCGCUAACACGUUGGAAGAAGCUCUCGAAAGCCAACGUCAAUUAAAAGAACUGCUAACCAGAGGUGGUUUCCAUAUUCACAAAUGGUGCUCCAAUUCGGCAGAGUUUCUAGAGCACAUUCCACCAGCCGACCGAGAAAGGAAGGUUCCUUUUCAUGAGUACGGAGCAAAUGAAGUAAUAAAGGUGCUUGGAUUGUUGUGGGAUCCUGACGGCGACGUCCUCAUGAUAGCCAAUCCGCCGAAAUGUUCUUUUCCGGAUGAUGAGCUAGCCACGAAACGAAUGAUUUAUUCCGAGGUGGCAAAAUUGUUCGAUCCACUCGGAAUGUUUGCACCAGUAAUUGUCAUGGCCAAACUCUUGGUACAGCAGCUUUGGAAAAUAUCAGCUGGAUGGGACGAUCCCAUCGACGAAACCAUCCGCGAAAAUUGGGCUACUCUGCGCGCAUCCCUUCCAGACCUUGGACGCAUUCACGUUCCAAGGUGUGUUAUGUUCCCGAAUGCGAUUGCAUAUGAGUUGCAUGGUUUUUCCGAUGCAUCUAACGUGGCGUACGGUGCAUGCGUCUACUUGAGAAGUAUUUUCACCAAUGGAUCCGCCAACCUACGUCUUCUAUGCAGCAAGUCAAAGGUUGCCCCAUUAGACGAUGUCUCCAUUCCUCGUAAAGAGCUCUGUGCCGCUCAGCUGCUUUCGAAAUUGAUCAGCCAGGUCGUUCCCGCGCUUCAAAUGAACUUUCGAGAAGUUGUUCUCUGGUCGGACAGCACCAUUGUUCUGGCAUGGCUGAAGAAACCGUUAGAUCAACUUCAGACGUUCGUAAGGAAUCGGAUUGCUUUGAUACGAAAGGAUACUAAUGAGUAUCGAUGGAGUUAUGUUUGCUCGGCCAAUAAUCCCGCCGAUAUCGUUUCUCGAGGAAAGCUGCCAGAAGAUUUAAAACAAAAUAUUCUCUGGUGGAGCGGUCCAAGGUUCCUGUGUGAAGUAGAAUAUGACGUUGAAGACACCGAAGAGAUUUUGGAGAAUCUUCCCGAACUGAAAGUCCACGUCAUAACCGUGUCAGCUCACGAUUCGUUUCCAUUCUUCGGAAAAUUAAGUUCUUUUCGUAAAAUCCAGCGCACCAUGUGCUACGUUCUACGGUUUAUUCGAAAUUGCAAACGGCCAAAGUCUAAUCGUGUGAAGCAAGUACAUCUUUCCAUCGAAGAACUACGUCAAGCAUCCGAAGCAAUCGUCAAGGCGAUUCAACAAGCACAUCUUGGGGACGAAAUUAAGCGAGUGAUUUCCAACCAAACAUGCAAGCGUCUUGGUAACCUGCGUCCAGUGUAUGAAAACGGUUUACUACGAGUUGGAGGGCGAUUAGAUCGCUCAGUACUGCCGUUUGCUGCAAAACAUCAGUUAAUACUUCCCGAUAAAGAUCCUGUAACGAAAAAACUCAUUAGAACUUUGCAUAUGGAGCAUCUUCAUGUCGGCCAGGCCGGUUUGAUCAGCAUCAUUCGUCAAAGGUACUGGCUUUUAAAUGCUAAAUCAACUGUGCGACAAGUAACACGAUCGUGCGUUACAUGUUUCCGAACAAAACCCGUUGAAACCAAACAGCUAAUGGGAAAUCUCCCUACCUCGAGAAUUGUGCCAUCACCACCGUUCGCAGUUACUGGCGUCGAUUAUGCCGGUCCAUUCAUGGUGAGGCAAGGUUCUUAUCGUCCGAAGCUUGUUAAGUCCUACGUCGCAGUUUACGUAUGUAUGGCGACAAAGGCUGUACAUUUAGAGAUUGUGUCCGACUUAACAACGGAUGCCUUCUUGGCGUCUUUGAAACGGUUCAUUAGUCGGAGAGGAAUGGUGCAGCAAAUUCACUCUGACAAUGCGACCAACUUUCAUGGAGCAAGCAACCAACUGCACGAGUUGUACCGACAGUUUCAGAAUCAACAAGAGGUGAAGAAAAUCCAGCAGUUUUGUGAAGUACGCGAGAUACAGUGGCAUUUCAUCCCACCAGACGCACCAGAGUUCGGUGGUCUCUGGGAAGCGGCGGUCAAGGCGAUGAAAACUCACCUGAAGCGAGUCGUAGGGAAUGCAAACCUCACUUACGAAGAAAUGGCAACCAUUCUAGCCGAAAUAGAAGCCAUUUUAAAUUCUCGUCCGUUGUUCAGUUUGUCCAACGAUCCUGCCGAUCCACAGGUAAUAACACCAGCUCAUUACCUCAUAGGUCGACCGUUGUCUGCACCAGCUGAGCCAUCUUUAGAAGACACCAAGGUGAGCCGACUCGAUAGAUGGCAACACCUCCAGCUCAUGCGUGAGCAUUUUUGGCGAGCGUGGUCAAGGGACUACCUUAAUUCUCUCCAACCACGUAAGAAGAAUACCAGAGCAACGUCGAACGUUCGACCUGGCAUAGUCGUUCUUCUCCACGAUAAGACGCAACCUCCGCUCAGCUGGAAACUGGGCAGAAUCACCGGAGUGUAUCCUGGUGACGACGGCUUAGUGCGAGCCAUUGACGUAUUUUCCAACGGAGCAACAUACCGUCGUCCAAUCAACAAGGUCUCGAUAAUUCCAAUCGAGGACAACGUCUGCUCUGCCCCGGUCCUUUCUGUUGAUACGAAGUUUCAACCCGGGGGGAGAAUGUUCCAUCCGUCACGACAGCAACAAUAA